AAAAACAUACUUUCUCAUACUUUUUAUAUUUCCUUUUUCUCUUUCUCCCUUUUUCUCGAUUUUCUGAAAAUCGAACGUAAGAUAGAGUUUAACCCGUUCGUUAACUCAACGAGAAGGUAAUAUCGAAAAGAUGAAGUUGGCAAAAAUCUCUUAGUCAAAGAAGAGGAAGAAGAAAAAGAAAAAGAAGAAAAAGAAAAAGAAGAAGAAGAAGAAGAAGAAGAAGAAAAGGAAAAAAGAAGAAAAAAGAGAAAAUUAGGAAAAGAAAAAAAGAAUGAGAAAAAAACGCGGGGGAAAAAAAAACAUGGACGCGCGUAGGCUUUCGACGAAUGAAGUAGAAGGAGGGAAUCAUAUUGGUGCGAGUGCAGCGCGCCAUAUUCUUUGUCCUAUGACACGGCGAAGUUAAAGCUCGGUAGCUAAAUUUAAACGCAGGCACCAGGGCUCCGGAGUCUGAGGCUGAGCAGGAGCAGCCGCCAGAAAGCAGAGCACGUGCUUCGAAAUUUCCAUAAAAUGAAACCGUCGAUAGUAUUGUCUCGAAAUUUCGAUGAAAGACUCGAAUGCAUCCCUCCUUACACGUCGCCUUACCUGGUACAGAUAUAAAAGCACGUCACGGAAAUCUGUCGACUCAGUAAACGUGCAACUAACAACGAGUGAACACUCUAAUAGAAGAAAAAUUUCAUCGAGACAGUGAUUACAUCAGAUUUCAAUUAAACGUGAAACAUAAUAGAAACGUUUUGAAAAAAAUAAUAAAGGUGCAUUAAUGAGAUCGAAAAUGUCGCUAAUCCCAAAAUUAUUUUCUCAUUGGUGGGAAACAUUGGAGCAACCACAUAGAUUGUAUGAUCAACGUUUUGGCAUGGGAAUUCAUCCGGAACAAUUUUUUGGAUCAUCCAUGUUAGACAAAUUGGAAAGUAGAAGAUUUUCACCAUUCUCAGCGUCCUCGGCAUUUUAUAAAUAUUAUCGACCAUGGGCUGAUCUUAUUCGCGACGAGGAUAACAGUGGUUGGUCUGUUGUUAAAAAUGAUAAGGAUAAGUUUCACGUAGCUUUGGACGUUCAACAAUUCAAGCCUGAGGAAGUUAACGUCAAGAUCGUUAAUAAUUACAUCGUUGUCGAAGGCAAACACGAAGAACAACAAGACGAUCAUGGUGUCAUAUCCAGACACUUUGUCAGAAAAUAUUUGGUACCUGACCAAUGUGAUCCUGAGAAAGCAACAAGUUCUUUAUCUUCCGACGGUAUCCUGACAAUAACAGCACCUAGAAAACCAGAGGCUAUUGAAGAAAAGAAAGAACGAAUUGUUAAGAUCGAACAUACGGGGAAACCAGCAUUAGAAAACGAUGAUAAGAAGAAGACUACUUCGCAACAAUAAAAAAAAAAAAAAAUGAAAAAAAAUAAUAGAAUCCUAUUCAUUCUACGUUCUUCUUCGUACAUCUUUUCAUUGUAUUCUGUUAUUAUUUUUUAUUAUCUCUUACAAUGAUCCAUUUGUUAUAAUAUAUUGUAAUAUAUAUUAAUAGAAUAUU